AAGGAAAACUGUUUUAAUUGGCAGGCAAUACGGAAUGGGAUGUUUGUGUUUGAGAAAGGCCACUGCACAUCCCUCAGUGCCACCAGACGUUAUGCACACGCUAAAGAAGAAAACAGCACUAAGUCGCAGUCAGAUAAAAUAUCUAUACAUCCGCUUCAAUCAGUUUUCGGGAGGAGGCAAAGAUCCCCCGAGUCAACUGCACAAAUACAAUUUUUAUUCGGGACUCUUGCAAUUAAACCCUCUAUUGCCCACCAUCUUGAACUCCAUGUUCGGGGAUAAAGUCACAAUCAGCUUUUUGGAUUUCGCCCUCUUCCUGAGCACCUUUCAGGCCCACUCGCUAAAAACAUCCAAAGGGCUGAAAAACGAAAUCAAGGAUAAGAAGUUACAGAUACUAUUCAAUAUGUACGAUCAUAACAAAGAUGGUCGUAUCACCAAGUAUGAUUUGGUUAUAGUCGUGCACAAACUGUUCUCAAAUCUACUGGAUCAUGUGCAAAUAAUGCGUAUAGUCGAGACAAUGAUGAAGGAAAUGGACCAGUCGGACUCAAAUCAGAUACUAUUCGACGAUUUCUGCAAGGCGUUGGACGUAUUUGACAUGACCGAAAUGAUGACACGUUUUAAUAUGCCAGCCGAGAGAGUCAUGAAUGAGGCGAAAGAGUCAAGCCGGGCUCUGAAUGAAGAUGUGGGCCUGGACUUGGGCAACCUGCUAGUCGCUGUCUACGCCCAAACGCCUGACUCAAAUGGACGGCGGCAACAGCAACAGCAACAACACGGCAGCAACAUCAGCAACGGCAACAGAAACAGCUACAACAGCAACAUCCAAGACGACAACGACACUGAUCAACAGGCGCGGCGACGUGGAUGUGGAUGCGUCGAAUAUUCGAACAAGCACAGUGGUGUGGGCGAGGGGGGCCAAGUGAAUGCGUUUUACAUGAUGCCUACACGACAGGACAGGAGCGGCCAGUCCUAA